GCGCAUUUCGGUGAAGCAAAAGGAGGAUGCACUCGGCAACAGCAACCAACGUAUAAGUUAUCGAUCUCGCCACCAAUCUGCCGCAAACCAUUCCCCUGAAUCCAACCCAAAAGAAUACUACGCGAGAUCCGCGCAGUAGCUAGUGACAAAACAGAUACCAACGCGAUACAGUACAACACAACAACAAAGCGCAUUGCGACAGGCUGCUGCUUUUGGUUCCUUCACCAUGGCGAUACCAGAGAAAGUCAAGUCCGAAGCGAAGGGGCCCAACGUCUUGGACAUUUCCAGUGACAGCGAUCAAGAAAUGGCCGUAGCGGAUGCGAUUCCCAGCAGCAACGUUGCCAACCAGAGCAGCGCGAUCGAUUCCGACAGCAACGACGAGGUGGUCCGAGAGAUCCCCGUCUUUUUGUCCCCGGACCUCGCGCACCAGAUGCAGCUGAUCCAGUACCCCCUCCAGCAGCGUGCCCACCCCGCGGCACCGGAAGCCGUCCGAGUGAAACCCCGGCACUGCAUGAUGGAACAGGACCACAAGACCCCCGACAACAUCGGAUUCAACGGCCUGUACCACAUGCCCUCCCGGACCUUUUCGAGCCACACGAUCCCCGUGACGACGAACAUGGCCCUGGGCAAGCUGGUGGGAUCCGAUUCUGGCGACGGUGCGAGCCUGCACCUUGUGCCCCUGUCCCGAAUAACACAGAUGCGACCGAGCUUUUCCCACAUCGACGAAGCAAUGGCGGCCUCGACCGCCACCACCGAGGAGGAACUCAGGCGCCAAGAGCAAAAGACCGCCGACCCCCUGACGGGCCGCAAGUCCAUCGGAUUCCAGAAGAAGGAGUCCGAGAGGCAGGAAAUGGCCCGCAAGUCGAGCUACGGGUACAAGAAGGCGAGCGAGGACGCCGAGGGCUGGCAUUCCCUGGAGGUUUACGACGAGGCGUCGCUGCAGGCCAACCUCAUCCUCUCCAGGGUGGCUUGCCCGAUCGAGCACCGGGAGACGUACCUCCUCGACGUGGAGCGCCUCAAGGUGGAGAGCAAGUGCACCAACAUACAGGGCACCUCGCCGAACGCGAAAUACCUCAACACGCUGAACUACCUCCCCCCGCGAAAGGACUUUGGCGGAAGCGGAAGCAGCCCCCCCGCCACAAAGACGCCGGGCGGCGACACCGAAACUUCCGGCACCGACGAGCUCACGCUCCCCCAGAUCGUUGCCAAGCUGGUCCCCCUGAUGCGGCAGGGCCAGCCGGUGCCCUUUUCCCUGCUGCGGGCGGAGUUUCCCCCGGAAACCGCCACGGACGACCAGCUGUUCGUGGCCCUGGGGAGCUGCGCCGUUUUGGUGCGGGGGAACUGGUGCCUGGGCAGCAAGUUCCUCGGCUACUCCCCGCCCAUGACCCGGACGCGGACCUUUCUGAUGUGCCUCUUCCAGACCAUGGGGGUCGUCCACAAGGAGCGGCUGCUGGGGGUCUUUGCGGAAGACGAUGGCGACGCGAGCGAGGGAGGGGUCACGCCCGAGGUGGUCGACUUUUUGCUGGAACAACUGGGCGAAAAAUCUCCGGCCGGCUGGGUCCUCAAGGUCGCCGACGACGCAAAGUUUCAGAAGCUACACCCCCAAACGACCAUGGUCCACCUCCAGCACUGGGCAAAGCAGAUCGAGUUGUUCCGCCCCAUGUUCGAGACGUACCGGGCCGAUUUUGGGUACGAUGGAAUCGACGAUGGCGGCAUGGACGAGUCCUAGGCUCGAAUCGAAGCGGGACCAAAGGAACGGGAUCGAACCAUUGCCGCGUUCGUGUUGGACGCUAGGUUUUCCAAUAAAAAUCACACCAACAUCCUAGAAGGGGUUCGUUUGCAGCGGUUUCGAAGCAACAAAUCAUACCUAGGUGGGCAUGCAAUAUUCCGAGACAACUGGACAAAGUAGCUGCGGCCAAAACGAGCAUCGUUCCAUCCUGCUCUAUCAUACCGUACCGUACUACACCUGGACCGGAGCCGUACGGAAUGUGUACAACCAUGGACGUCAGAAUGAAAAGUGAUUGAUCGCGAAGUAGGACAAACGCACAACAUAUGUUGAUCACAGGACAAUGCUGCAAAUUGCAAUCAAAAUAAUGACAAUAU